AUGAAGGCCUCACCGACUGCGCUCGGCAUCUUUGCCAUCACGAGCCUUCAGUCUCUGGCGUCCGCCCUGACAAUCGCCGAGAUCAAUGGCAACAAGUACAUCUCGCCAUACUCAGGGCAGACCGUGACCAACGUCACCGGUCUCCUGAUCGCCAAGGGUCCCAACGGAGUAUUCAUUCGGUCGACAACCCCGGACAAGGACAUUGCCACUUCUGAGGCCAUCUAUGUCUUUGACCGCAAUGUGGGUGCCAACCUGACCGUGGGCGACAUCAUCUCUUUGGAUGCCAAGGUGCUCGAGUAUCGGUCAAGCAACGCCUACCUCUAUCUGACCGAGUUGUCCACUCCCAAGAAUGUCCAGGUGCUCUCCAGCGGGAACAAGGUGAAGGCCUUGGUGAUUGGGAAGGACACAAUCGACCCCCCCAACACUCAGUUCAGCUCGCUGGAUGGCGGUGACAUCUACAAUGUGCCCAACGGAGUGGCCAACAUCUCCGAAGUGAACCCUGUGCUGGAGCCCAAGAAGUUUGGAUUGGAUUUCUGGGAGAGCUUGAGCGGUGAACUGGUCACCGUUCGAAAGCCGAGUGUGAUCAAGCAACCCAACAACUAUGGUGAUACCUGGGUCGUCGGUGACUGGAAGGUCACGGGGAAGAACAAGCAGGGAGGCAUCACCAUGACCGACAAAGAUUCCAACCCAGAGGCUAUCGUCAUUGGCUCCCCUCUUGAUGGCACCAAGAACCCCAACACCAGCAAGAUGGGCGAUGAACUCGAGGAAAUCACCGGUGUCGUGCAACAUGCCUUUGGUUUCUACUCGAUCCUCCCCCUCACCGCCGUCAAGGUGAGCAAGCCCGCCAAGGGUGUUGCUGCUCAGAAGCCCACCAGCCUCAAGAGCAAGGGCCAGUGCAAGGCCAUCACUGUCGGCAGCUACAACGUCGAAAAUCUGUCUCCUUCGUCUGAACACCUGCCCCUGAUUGCCAGCCACGUCGUCACCUACCUCAAGUCCCCUGAUUUCCUCUUCCUCCAGGAAGUCCAGGACAACUCGGGCCCCACCAACAACGACGGCAUCACCUCUGCCAACCUGACCCUUUCCGCUCUCGCUGCCAGCAUCAAGGCCGCUGGUGGUCCGACCUACGAGUUCGCCGAGGUUGCACCCGCCACCCCUAACCUUGACGGUGGCCAGCCAGGCGGCAACAUCCGUCCCGCCUAUCUCUACAACCCAGCCAUCAUCUCCCUUUACAAACCCAACCAGGGCCAAGGGGACGAUGCCACCUCCGUUGUGAAGGGUUCGGGCAAGAACUCUCCUCCCUCCCUGACCUUCAACCCGGGCCGCAUUGAGCCUGCCAACCCAGCCUGGACCGCCUCUCGCAAGCCCGUUGUCGGUGCCUGGGUCGCCAAGGGUGCCACCAAGCCUUUCUUCACCGUCAACGUCCACUUCGGCAGCAAGGGCGGCGGUUCCAGCCUCCACGGCGACCGUCGUCCUCCCAUCAAUGGUGGUGUGACUGACAGACUUGCCCAGGCUAACGUCACUGCUACCUUCAUCUCCCAGAUCCUCAACGCCGACCCCAAAGCUGCCGUCAUCUCCGCCGGCGACUUCAACGAGUUCUCCUUUGUCCGGCCCAUGAAGACUUUUGCCGAGAUCAGCAAGAUGAAGGACCUGGACGAGGUGGCCGGCAUCAAGCCCACCGAGCGGUACACUUACGCCUUUGACAUGAACGCCCAGGCGCUCGACCACAUGUACGUCAGCCCUUCGCUUGCGGCCAGCAGCAAGAGCGACUUUGAGCACAUUCACGUCAACACUUGGGGGUCGUACGCCGAGAUGGUGUCGGACCAUGAUCCCAGCGUGGCUCUGUUUGAUUUGUGCGGGUGA